ACAAGUCGUUUAAGUGUUUCGGAAGCAGAUUGUGAGAAUUUUCCAUCUAUAGUGCUAACAGAUUGCGCGUUGGCAUUCAUCGAACCUUGCUCCUGGGAAACGAAGACCACAGUUUCACCAUGGCUAGUGGCGUCAUUUCGACUACUUUCUCAACUUCAACUUCGACCGGAGAUUCGUCCAUGGCAACUUUAAUUAUCGCGGACACUCCCUGUUCAGACGUUCGACUAUCAUCCUGCGAGAAUUUAGAGUCUUGUGUUGUUCAAAUACUUCCAUCCGCCCUUUGUUAUGAUAACUCACAUUCUACAUGGACACUCGGAAGUACGUUAUCAUGCAUGAUCACGAGCACUCCCCUGAUUGUUCCCACUGCGACAUUUCCUCAGAAUGAAUGCCCCCUGGGGAUGACAAUGGCAAAAACCGCCGUCCAUCCAGGCGGCGGUUGGUGCUGCCCUCUCGGGUUCAAAUGGGCCUCAGACUCCUGCCAGAGUAGUAUAACAAGAGGAAUGGCGCCGCAAAUCUCCGAUGCAUGUGCACCAGAGAAUACCAUCGCCCCUGCUACUGGUAUCACGCAGUUUGAUAAAAGGACGAUAGAGACCACAGCUUUCCAUAGUGAGAUCAGGUCUCUCAAUGAUAUAUCAUCUCCUACCCCUGGCACAUUAAGCAUAAGUCCUCGGAAGCCUGCUGAAACUGCUGUGACCGCAAUAUUCGUUGAAGCCAUCUACUUAUCUGGGCAGACGUUCCCAACUAGCGCACUCAUUAUGCCCAGUUCGUAUACCGAUGGAAUGUCACCCUCAAACUCAGGCAACGUCUCUAGCGAAACAAUGCCGAAGCAUGAGCUGUCUGACUUAGCGAAGGUCGCAAUUGGCCUUGGUAGCGGAGUGGUUGGUUCGAUUCUCAUCUUACUAGGCGCCUUCCUUAUUAGACGACAUCGAAAAAGGCGACUGUAUGAGACAAGAAAAGAUGAAAUGGCUGCGAGUCCCAAUCCUGAAAGUUAUACUAUAAAAGAGCCUAAACCUGGGGGAAUUGGAAAUACCAGAAAAACGAUUAUCGAGCGGCCGAGGUUUCAGUACGAACUUACAGCUACCUCAUCGCCUACAACGCCUGUUUUCGAGUCAAGCUAUCUGUGUCGCCCGGAACGCGAAAGGUUAAAGAAUAAAGUAACGACGCCUGGCGUAGUUUCUGAGGAAAGGGUGAGAUCGGAGGUUCCUUCUUUCUCAGGCACAACAUUCUAUUCGGCGAAUCACUUCGAGCUCUUCGAACUGGAUACUCAUAUUCAACCUUUGGAAACCGAGGCCUCAACAAGAAGAAACAAUAGAGCCAGUAGCCAGGUACUACCUUGGCAGGCAGGAAUAUACGAUUAUCUUGACCCUUGUAAUAAUACUAAUAAACCUGAAGAAGGUGAGCAUACAAGCAUCUCAUAAAACGAUGAUUAAUCUUGCCUAACUGUUUGGGUAGCAAACGAAUUUAUUUAAUAUAAGGCCAGUGGCUGUGCUUAUGCAACGUCGGUGGCAUCAAUCACCCCAUCAGCUUUACUUGUACUUCAAGACUAAGGUAUGAGUCUAAGGGCUGAAUAAUUAAUGUAUGUUUUUGGAAGACAAUUAGAUUAGCAGCAACCACUUGCUUGAAGACCUUGAAUAGAUAAAUAUUGCACAAGA